CCGGCCAUCUCCCAUGGCACUUCCCAAUUUAUUGUUAGUAUUGGUUGCAGCGAUGACCAUAUAUUUAGUCGAAGGUACGGACCUCAAAGAAACGAAGCUAUCCUUAUACUUGCAAGACAUCUCGGCCUUCGGCGCCGCCAAUGCCACGGCCGUCCCAGUUGCAGGUAUUGCCGGCAAGGCUUGGACAUUUGCCCAGUUCGGAACCCUCUAUGUCACCGACGACAACAUCACCAAAACCCCAGAUCGGAAUUCAGCCAGAGUUGGGCAGGCACAGGGGAUGUACGUGACGGCGGGGUUGGACGGGUUGAAUUCGCAUGUUAUGGUGUCGAUAGUGUUCACAAAUAAGGAGUACAACGGAAGCACCAUACAAUUGCAAGGUAUUAGCAAGAAAUUUGAGGCUGUUAGAGAGGUUUCGGUGGUCGCCGGAACGGGAAAAUUCCGGUUUGCUAGAGGUUAUGCUACUUUCGAGACAUAUUUCUUGGACAUUCCUGCCCAAUACUCGGUUAUCCGGUGCAACGUCACUGUCCAACAUUACUAGUUGAAUUACUGUAUAUUCUUGGUGUGUAAUUUUAUUGUUUUUGAAACCAUAUCUUGAGAUGCCUUGGCCUCAGAAUCUCAGAUGGUGAUUGUGUGAUGAUGACCUUUUUUUUUUUUUUGGGGGGGUGGGGUGUGGUGU